AUGAAUACCGAUUCAGGCAGGAUGAAAUGUUGUGUCCUCUUCGCCUUACGGCUCAUCUCCGUCGGACCCUUUGUAGCUCACCUACUUCCUUCGCAGCGUAUCGAUGCCGACUACCAACGACCCUACUUGGUUGACUCAGUAAAGCUCAACGCUUUGCUUCCUACUCCAACCGCCCUAAAGCCUCCUCCGGAGCUCCCGCCCAAACGGAGCUGUAUGCCUUAUAUGAACAGAAAGCAAGCGACCGGGAUCAUUCAGACAGAACACGAGACCAAGGCAAAAAAGCCAUGGAAAGACCUCUUCGUCAAAGCCGGUCUCCCCGAUCUUCCUAUCCUUCCUCUAGCAAAAUAUCACCUGUGGAGGAGCAACAGCAGGGACACUUGUUCGACGACCCCGUCUCUCUUCGUUGCUGACCAGUCGAAGGCGGUAGUCGCGAAGCGUAUUAUAAUACAAGAGGACGAGUAUAUCGUAAGAUAUACUAAGGCGAAGGCGAGCGAAGUGAAGUGCAACAAUGCGAAGAGCUAUGAACAGCACCCCUUUAGAGUAAGAAGGAUCCCCAACAGGAAAGAAAAUAGGAGAAUCAGGGCUGAGACAGGCUGGAGCAGAACUCCCAGAAGCUUACAGGAGAGGAAUUCAACUAUCGAUGAGCUAUCGAGCUAUGAUCCCCCAAGAGAAUCCGCAUCUCUCCCCCGCCGAAUAAGGCUCUUCAAAAGCAUUCUUGACUUCACUGCGCUUCGUUCGUUCCUCUCCUUGAAGUCGAUUCAAUUUCAUCGAACCUCAUUUCGGGACAUCGUUCUUUCUUCAUGGUCUGGUCCAGUGCAUGCGACGACUCCAAUUCACUGUAUCCAAGCAAAGCUACGUAGACUUCGCUAUGACAUCCGAGCUUGGAAUCGUACGACAUUUGUUGAUAUCUAUCGCAAUCUUGAAUCUGCUCAGGCCACUCUUGAUGAGAUCCACUAUGAGAUAGAUGUUCACGGCUAUACGGAAGAGAGAGCCAUCCGGGAGCUCGAGCUGAGUUCUUACAGGAGAGAGGAAAGGUGGGAAUGUUAG